UAACCAGUUAGUACUCAGUCAGUUGUGUGACUUCGGUGAAGUGAAAGUGUGUGACUCGUAAGCUCUUGGUUGGCAUUUAGAGCUGGUGCUUGUUCUCAAGGAGGUUCAUUUGAAUUAAACGCGUGAGAAUUUCAAAGUGAAUGGAUCUGAGAGAACUUGGUGAUUUGUUACACAUCAAUAAUACCUACGCAUAUCUUCGAUUAAUGUAAACAUAAGCAAACUUUACAUAUACAUGAAAACGGCGACAAUUAGUGUACUACAAGUGAUAUUGCCUCUGCAAAUAUUAUGUAGUAAGUUUCAUGCAUUGCAGUCAUGUAUACAUGUGACGCGUCGGAUUUGCAACAAAGACCCUGUGAUUAUCCAGACACUGAGAAGGGAAUAAAAACUUGGAAAAUAAGGUGGGAGAGCAGCAGCCGGGAAUGAUCAAGGGUCUGGCAGUUAGCUGUGAUGUUAGUUGACCUCUCGUGACCUAUCACCAAUGGCCGCCUGGAAGUGCCUGCCCGCCCUCCUAUUGUUGGUAUGGGUGGCGGGCGGGAUCAGCAGUACCACCACCACCACCACCACGACUUGCGGUAAUUGUGAGGAAAACGGGAAUUACAUCAUUUGCCGUCAUUCUACGAGCGGAGACGUAUACGAGGUGGAGGUCCUGAUGGAGACGGCGCUCCUCCUCCAGUGCAAACCAUCGACGACAAACCUCAACUUGCCCUUCAUGGAGGGCUGCAGCUUCCCCUCCGUCGAGCAGAUCAAGGUUUACGGAUGCCCCUUGCCCAACGUGUCCUUUGGGGAGCUGUUCUUCCAGAUGGGAGUGUACCCGGAGAACGUCACCACGUUUGGCUUCUACGACCGCAACGAACGAGAUCGCCCGCUGGAGGGCUGGCACUUGGAUGGACUCGAGGGCUUGCUCACCCUCGAGUUUGUGAACAAUGACUUCCUUGGCUUGCCAGUGGACCUGUUCACUCCCACUCCGAGUCUGAGAAACAUUAAGGUGGUCUCGGACAGUUUCAGCUCAUUGCCAGAGUCGAUAUUCUUGAAUUUGCCAGACCUAGAAACCUUGAACUUCGAAAGAAACAGGCUGGAGACUUUACCACCUGGGCUUUUUACCAAUUUGACAGCUUUAACGAAUAUUACUUUCGCUCAUAACUACAUCACUUCGGUUGACCCCGAUCUCUUUAGUGAUAAAGUUCAUUUGGAGAGCUUAGAUCUAAGUCAUAAUCAAAUAGCUUCGUUGGGGAGAAGUAUUUUCGAAGAUCUAGGCGCUCUCAGAAACUUGUCAAUGCAAGGGAAUCUCUUGGAGAGCUUACCCGGUGGGGUCUUUUCUAAACUGUUGUCUCUGGAAGUUCUCGACCUCAGUUUCAAUGUUCUGAAACAGUUGCCAGAGAAAACCUUUGACAGGCUGAUCAAUGUGCACACUAUCGAUUUUAGUAAUAACAGCCUCGAUGAAUUACCUAGUGAAGCAUUCAGUAAGUGUAAUUUUUUGAAAAGGUUGUCGUUAAGACAUAACAACCUCCGGAAACUUCAAGCCGAAAUGUUUCCCACUCAGCAGUCCUUAACCUACCUGGAUUUGGGUCAUAAUAAUAUCUCCUUUGCGGCCAAUUCAGCCAAGAUUCUCCAGGAAGGGCCAGUCCCAUUCGAGCGCAAUUUUCCUCUCAAUGAUCAAGUCAAACUGGAAGAACUCCUAAUGAAUGACAACAAUAUUGACGCCGUACCAUUUGCUUUAAAUACUGCAUUUGCGGCUCUAAAGAAGCUUGAUCUAUCUGGAAAUGAAAUUACAUAUUUGUCCUACCACGCUCUGAUCUUCCUCCAAGAUACUGUAAUACUGAAUCUAAAGAAUAACAAUAUCAACUAUAUUGAUUUUCAUGAGAUUUAUGAUCUCCUGAAUGAGAAAGAAGUGAAACUGUACCUUGAAGGAAAUAACUUGUUCUGCGAUUGUAGAAUGUACAUAUUCACUAGGAUUGUUCAGGGACAACCUAUAACCAAGAUGAAAAUCAUGGACAUUGAGUUGCAGGACGUAGAUAAAGUUACGUGUCGUAAUCAUGACGGUGACCAACAACUCCUGUCACAAGUAGAUUCGAAGCAGCUUUAUUGCGUUGUACCGGAUGAGCAGUGCAUCAGAAAUUGCUCUUGCUUGUGGCGUACACACGACUCUAUGGUCAUUAUUGACUGUUCCUUCUUAGGACUUCACGAGCUCCCUGACCUGAGUAUACUUCCAAAGUCCCGUGCUAAAAUAUCAGUUACUUUGGAUUUGAAGAACAAUAGUUUAUACACUCUGAAAGGGCUGAAGGAUCCCCAGUUCGCUAAUGUAGUGAACCUCACGGUAUCCAACAACAAAAUAUCAUUCAUCAAUGAAUCUGAUAUCCCAACCACUCUGAAGAUUCUAGAUGUCAGAGGAAAUGAGCUAACAAAUAUUCCAAAACCGGUGCUAGAUCUUCUGAAUGCCACAGAUAUGAUCCUCAGUUUUAGUGGAAAUCCUUGGGACUGUGACUGUGACUUCAUCAAAUUCCUGAAUUUCUUGCAGACUCCUUCGCGGAAAGUCACAGACUUUGAUGAAAUCACUUGUGCACGAGGCAAUGUGUAUCUACACGACUUGACAGAAUAUUCACUUUGCCCUUACUUCAUGCAGCCAAUGGUCAUUGUUACUCUUGUUGCAAUUGGUGCAUUUCUGUUAUUCUUUGCAGUUUUUGGUACUGUUAGCUUCUACAAGUACAAACAAGGUAUUAAGGUUUGGUUGUAUGCACAUCGGAUGUGUCUGUGGGCCAUCACAGAAGACGAAAUGGAUGCAGACAAGAAAUUUGAUGCUUUCAUCAGUUAUUCUCAUAAGGAUGAAGAAUUUGUCAACACAGUUUUGGUCCCUGGACUUGAAAAUGGGGAUCCAAAGUACCGAAUAUGCCUUCACUAUAGAGACUGGGUACCUGGAGAGUACAUUCAAAAUCAGAUUCUUCAGAGUGUGGAAGCCAGUCGACGAACAAUUGUUGUGCUCUCUUCCAACUUCAUCGAGAGUGUGUGGGGCCAGUUGGAAUUCAAGGCAGCACAUUCUCAGGCUUUGCAAGAUGGAACCAGCCGAAUCAUAGUUAUUGUGUAUGGGGAAAUUCCCCCUGAAAGUGAGCUAGAUGAUAAACUGCAGUUGUACAUCUCUACUAAGACUUAUGUGAAAUGGGGAGACGCCAAAUUUUGGGAGAAGCUUCGUUAUUUCAUGCCUCAUCCACCAAAAAAGCUGAACAAUUGAGCGAUGGAAUAGUGCAGUUGGUAUUCAGGACAUGAUAGGACUGCAUAACUUGAAAAUACCAUGCUAUGCAAAGUAUAUUGCGUGCUGUGCCAUAAAAUUGCACAGUCCUCAGUUUAUUAAAGACCAAGAGUCUUAUAACUCAAAACUUAUGAAAAGUAAAGUCUCUUACUGCUCAAAACUUAUUGAAAGUGGCAUUAAAUGUUUUCUUCAAAGUUAAAAUGGUAAAACUUAUCACAGUGAAGAAAUAUAAAAAAAAAUUUAACAAUUAUCUCAUUCAGAGAUUCUCAAUUGAGUGUUCAUAAUGAAUUAUGUCAAGUACUGUUUACAUGAAAAAAUGUAUAUAACAAGAAAUUUCAAAUUAAACUGUUCUAUCGGUGGGAAGUGUGCUUUGAGCUGUAUACAGUAGCUCUGAACAUUCAUGCUUCAUUAUCGAAUAGCAACUGGUGCUUUUUAAUGGUGGAAAUUCGUAGUGGAGUGGAAAUUUAUAGUGGAUUAAGAACUUUUUAAAAGUACAGCAUAUCUUAUUUUGUGAACACUGCCUCAUAACAUUUGUUUAAUUAAGCACAUGUAAAUACGACUUUUUAUACUGUACAUAAUUAUGUUGAAGCAGCUGUUCAGCUGGAGUAAUGUAUGUUUGAAGGUUGAUAAAUAUGUUGGCAAAUAUUUUUGUCUUCAUUACUACUGGAAUAUGUUUGUGUCAUUGUUAAAGUUCGAUGAAAAAAUAGAUCUAACAAUGUCUCCCAGCAAGUUUAUAAAUACAGUUGUAGUACUGCAAUUCGCUUGUUUUAUGGGGUGUCUUGGUGCAGUAUUUUAUCACUUAGCAUUUAGACAAACAUUAGACAAAUCUUGGCUGUGAUUUAAUUUUAAAAUUUGGAAGCUGUGGGAAAGUUUUAAGAGUUUUGAAAGACUGUGUGGAGAGUUUCCAUAUACUCUUAGCUUUACAGUAAUACUGUAGUUUCCGUAUGAUAAGAACAAGGAAUGGAAUGUAAACAUUUCUUCAAACUUCAUGGUGUAUAAGUACAGUUUCUUUUUCAGGGAAGGUACCUUGCACAAAACUGAAGCAUCAAAUGUUAAAUUAUCUUGUUAACAAGUACAGUGUAAUAAAUUUCAACUGCAGCUUUUAGUAACAGUACUGUACAAUAUUUUUAAAAAUUAAAGAUUACCAUAAAAUUGCAAUGCCUCAUGCAAUGGGAAAGGUUUGUAACAGUUGCCUACAAUGUUUAAGAAUAAAAAAUCUAUUUGUA